AAUCAAAGUGAGGUAUCGGAUUUGCGCACAGAGGUUCUCCUCAUGGACCUUCUGAAAUCACACUACGGAGUUGUGCAAGUCCACGAAGUGUUUGAGGACCACAAGGCCGUUCAUCUCGUCAUGGAACUCUGCAACAGUGGUGAUCUCUUUGACUUCAUACAAAGCGCCCCCAAAGGCCGACUAACUGAGCAACAAGCCGCAUCCGUGAUGAGACAACUGCUGAACGCUCUCCACCACUGCCACUCCCUCGGUGUGCUUCACCGCGAUGUGAAGCCCGAAAACAUCCUCCUGUGCGACCGGGUACCGCAUCAAUCGCGCGACGGGGAUGUGAGGAUCAAGCUCAGUGACUUUGGAGUGGCUGGAUUUCUCAAUGAGGACGGUGUAUGCACGGACAGCGCAGGCACAUCAGAGUACAUGGCACCAGAGGUGGCCAUGAAAGCACCCUACAACGCCAAGGCGGACGUCUGGAGCGCCGGAGUCGUCCUGCACGCCAUGCUAGCUGGCGCCCUUCCCUCCUGGGCGGCGCUACCAGACAAGUUCAAAGAGGAGGCUGAAAGCAUGAGCGACGGUAGCAGGAAGGGGAAGGCGACGACGAUGCAGGAGGGAAUUGCACGGAACGAUCUUAAACUGAAGAGCCGGGUGUGGAGGGGUGUGUCGGAGGAGGCUAAGCAUCUGCUGAGAGCCUUGCUGAGGAAGGACCCGGCGGAAAGACCCUCGGCUUUAGAGGCAUUGAGUCAUCCGUGGUUGAAGAAUGCCACACAGGAGUGCCAACAGCUGGUGAAAGCUUUUCAGCAGUGCAUCAAUGCAGCCUGCACUAAUGUGGGAGAAGCAGUACAGUCUCAUUCGCUAUUGCUAGCUUAA